AUGGAAGCCAUAUACGCCAUCGGGUCUAACGGAUCCGGCCAGCUCGGCAUAAGCCACAAAGAAGACGUUUCCGUACCAAAGCCCGCUCUCUUCCACCCAGAACAGCCCAGCUCUCGCAUCGUCAAAGUCGCUGCUGGCGGGAAUCACACUCUCCUUCUCACGGAAUCCGGCAAGCUCUACUGGAGUGGGGACCCAGCAAGUGGAGCAUGUGGACUGCGUCCAUUCCCAAAUAUUCCCGUGUUCCUGGAAGCUCGCCUCACAAAGGAAGAGAGUGAUGAACAGAUUGGAGAGAUUUCUCUCGUUGCCGCCACUUGGGAAGCUUCCGUUGUUGUUUCCAAAGAUGAUCAAGGAAAGCGAACCAAGGUAUUUAGCCUCGGUAUAGGACAGAAAGGAGAGCUGGGCCUGGGAGAGUUGAUUGUACGGACACCAUCAGCAACCAGGAUCAAGGACUUUCCCCCAGCUGGCACAGAGAUUGUGGACUUGUCUGCGUGCAUGGGACAUGUCGUUGCUGUUUUGGACAAUGGCCAUGUUUACGGCUGGGGAAACUGCCGCAAGUCUCAGAUUGGUGAGCCGGGUGCAGUGGUUUAUACGCCUCGUAAGAUUGAGGGCAUAAACUUCAAGGUGGUCAGAGCGGUUUGCGCAAAAGAGUCUACAUGCCUUUUUGGAGAAUCAGGCAGCGGGAACCUUAACGUCUUGGGUUCAGAUAAAUGGAGUUUAAUUUCGACAGCCCCUUCAGCAGCUCCAGCUUGGAAAGAUGUCGGAGCUAGCUGGGGAAACUUUUACAUCCUAGGUCAAGAUGGCAGCUUGACAGCUUGGGGAAGAGAUGACCAUGGUCAACUUCCCCCAGCAAGCAUACCUCCUCUUCAGAUGAUGGCCAUUGGCAGUGAACAUGUCGUCGCACUCUCAGCAGAAGGUGACGUCCUAUCAUGGGGGUGGGGAGAACAUGGCAACUGCGGACCACAGGUGGAGAAUAACGACGUGAAAGGAAGAUGGAAUGUGAUUGCAUCGUCAAGGCACAUCCCCCCCGAAAGUAAGAUAGAUAACAUAGGUGCCGGCUGUGCCACUAGCUGGAUAUGCAUUACGUCCAGCUGA